AUUUUUUUUUUUUUUUUUUCCCUCGGGAGGGAGGCAUUUGCCAUACUUCCAAUAUAGUGACAUCAGUCCUUCUGUUGUCUGUUCCUGCUGUUUCUCUCCACUCCCCUCCAGGUGCAAUCAAGCAGUGCCUGACGUUAACGGCGCCCUAACAAGAAACAAGCCUCUCUCAGCAGCAGCAUCACUAUCGCCUCUGCUACACAUCCGGGUGUUCCUCUGAAUGCGCACGUUCCACUCUGCAGCUGCGUUUCCGUGUUAGUUGAGGGAAGAGUCGGGAAACUGAGCUUGAUAGCUGCAGAAACGGAGAGGCGGGCGAAGAAGCUCAUAUCAACACUCCAAUAGCAAAAUAAAUAAACAAACAAAUAAAUAAAGGUUAAUUACAAAAUACCUAUUCGACGUUCAGCAACAAGGCGACAGACGACCAUAUAUUUUGACAUGGAGACUGCAGUUACAACACUCUUUUAACAUGUGAGAUUUACAGAAUACACUGUAGAAGAGCGAGUGUACGUCUGUGUGUCCCCCCCCCCCCCCCCUUUCAUCCUUCCCUCCCCCUCUGUACGUAUCUCAUUUUUUCUGGUUCAUCUUCGUCUUUGUGUUUUGGGGGAAAAAUGAAGAAGUUUAACAUCAGGAAGGUCCUGGACGGCCUGUCAGCGGCUUCAUCCUCUUCUCAACCUGGACACAGGGAUAAUGACAUCCACGAGACCCUCCAGUCCGAGCACUUCCAGCUCUGCAAGACAGUCCGUCAUGGAUUCCCCUAUCAGCCUUCCGCUAUGGCUUUUGAUCCUGUGCAGAAAAUCUUGGCCAUUGGAACCCAGAAUGGAUCUUUGAGGCUCUUUGGCCGCCCAGGGGUCGAAUGCUACUGCCAGCAUGACAAUGGAGCAGCGGUGAUCCAACUCCAGUUCUUGAUUAAUGAGGGAGCCCUCGUGAGUGCCUUGGCAGAUGACAGCAUUCACCUCUGGAACCUGCGGCAAAAGCGACCAGCCAUUCUUCAUUCCCUCAAAUUCAACAGGGAGAGGAUAACAUUUUGCCAUCUGCCUUUCCAGAGUAAAUGGUUGUAUGUUGGCACAGAAAGAGGAAAUAUUCACAUUGUCAAUGUGGAGUCCUUCACCCUCUCAGGCUACGUCAUUAUGUGGAAUAAAGCCAUCGAACUGUCAUCCAAGGCCCACCCAGGGCCAGUCGUCCACAUAAGUGAUAAUCCAAUAGAUGAAGGAAAGCUUCUAAUUGGGUUCGAGUCUGGAACAGUAGUUUUAUGGGACCUCAAGUCAAAGAAAGCAGACUACCGAUGCACAUACGAUGAGGCUAUCCACUCUGUUGCCUGGCAUCAUGAAGGAAAACAGUUCAUCUGUAGCCAUUCAGAUGGCACUUUGACCAUAUGGAAUGUAAGAUCCCCUGCCAAGUUUGCACAGAUAAUCACGCCACAUGGUAAGCAGCCGAAGGAUGGAAAAAAGCCAGAACCCUGCAGACCUAUCCUGAAAGUGGAAUAUAAAACAGCUAGAGCUGGAGAUCCAUUCAUGAUUCUAUCAGGAGGCCUGUCAUACGAUACUGUAGGAAGAAGACCAUGUUUAACAGUAAUGCAUGGAAAGAGCACUGCUGUACUAGAAAUGGAUUAUCCUAUUGUUGAUUUUCUAACACUCUGCGAAACGCCAUAUCCUAAUGAUGUUCAGGAACCGUAUGCUGUAGUGGUCCUUCUAGAAAAGGAUUUAGUAGUUAUUGAUCUUGCACAAAAUGGGUACCCUAUAUUUGAAAACCCUUAUCCUCUGAGUAUACAUGAAUCCCCUGUUACGUGCUGUGAAUACUUUGCUGACUGCCCUGUGGACCUCAUUCCUGCCCUUUAUUCAGUUGGGUCAAGGCAGAAGCGGCAAGGCUACAGUAAAAAGGAAUGGCCUAUCAGCGGUGGUAACUGGGGUCUUGGCUCACAAAGCUAUCCAGAAAUAAUUAUCACUGGGCAUGCAGAUGGAUCAAUAAAAUUCUGGGAUGCCUCUGCAAUAAUGCUACAAGUACUGUACAAGCUGAAGACAGCCAAGGUGUUCGAAAAAUCUCGGAACAAGGAUGAUAAACCCAACACAGAUAUAGUAGAUGAGGACCCCUUUGCCAUUCAGAUCCUGUCCUGGUGCCCAGAGAGCAGGAUAUUGUGUGUUGCUGGAGUCUCUGCCCAUGUCAUCAUCUAUAAAUUCAGCAAACAGGAAGGGACGAUGGAAGUUGUGCAGAUGCUAGAAGUUCGGUUACAGUAUGAGAUCAGUGAUGUUGAAUCUCCGGAGGGCGAUCAGGUCCCAUCCCUACCGACCCCUGGAUCCACUUCCAACUCCCAGCCACCCCCACCUCAGUCCCAGCCCUCCACCAGCAGCAGCUCUUCUGACGGCAUUCGGGACAACGUACCCUGCCUCAAAGUACGAAGCACUCCACUCAAACAAUCCGCAGGCUACCAGGUGGAGCUGGUUAUUCAGCUGGUCUGGGUCAGCGGGGAACCUCCACAACAAAUAACCAGUCUUGGAGUUAACUCAUCAUGUGGGCUUGUGGUUUUUGGAAAUAGUAAUGGCCUUGCAAUCAUUGACUACCUUCAGAAGACUGUUCUUAUAAACCUGGGGACACUCGAGUUAUAUGGAUCCAGUGAUCCUUAUCAAAGACAGCCAAGAUCUCCUCGUAAAGCACGGCAACCGUCUGGAGGUAUGCUGACAGUGGCGUCUUGCAUGUGUGGCCUUUCUAACUUAUAUUCUGAGUCUGUGAAAAGGCUUCGCUCCUCUUAUCUAAGUCUUUGUGAUAUUAACGAGGGAUCCACAACUUCAGAAGAUCGAUGCAAAUCGCCAACUUCAGUGGUACCGACUAGCCAUCAAGAAUUCUACAAUGGAGGAGGUAGAGGAGGAGCAAAGAUGUCACGGAAAUUAAGCUUGCCUACUGAGCUAAAGCCAGACUUGGAUAUCAAAGACAACUCGUUCAGUCGCUCACGCAGCUCCAGUGUGACGAGCAUCGACAAAGAGUCCCAGGAAGCCAUCACAUCGUUCCAGUUUUGUGAGACUUUCACACGGAAGACCGAUAGUACCACGGCUCCAAGCUUAUGGGUGGGCACUACACUGGGCACCGUGCUUGUUAUUGUACUGAACCUCCCUCCUGCGGGAGAACAGAGGCUUCUCCAGCCUGUCAUCGUUUUGCCCAGUGGUACAAUGAUACGACUUAAGGGAGCUAUUUUGAGGAUGUCAUUUCUGGACUCAACAGGAGCAUUGUAUCCUCCAGCCUGCGAGCCCUGGCAUGAGCCCAAUGCCCCCGACAAUAAGGAUGAAAAGGACAAGUUAAGAAAACGACGGCCUGUGUCCAUUUCCCCAUCAGCCUCUCAGGAAAUCAGUGAAAACCAGUAUGCAGUGAUCUGUUCAGAAAAACAAGCCAAGGUUAUCUCACUGCCAUCCCAGAACUGCAUAUAUCAACACAAUAUCACAGAGACUUCGUUUGUUCUCCGGGCUGACAUCGUGCAAAUGAGCAACAGCGUCUGCCUUGCCUGUUUCUGCGCCAAUGGACAUAUCAUGACAUUAAGUUUGCCAAGUCUAAGGCCGCUGUUGGAUGUAAAUUACCUGCCCCUGACCGAUAUGCGGAUAGCUAGAACUUUCUGCUUUACCAACCAUGGGCAGGCUUUAUAUCUCGUCUCUCCCACUGAGAUCCAGCGAAUAACCUACAGCCAAGACAUGUGUGAGAAUUUACAGGAGAUGUUGGGAGAGCUGUUUACACCAGUAGAAACGCCUGAGGCACCAAACAGGGGUUUCUUUAAAGGUCUCUUUGGAGGUGGAGCGCAAACACUGGACAGAGAAGAACUUUUUGGUGAAUCAGUGGCUGGGAAGGCCUCUCGGAGUCUUGCCCAACAUAUCCCUGGCCCAGGGGGCAUCGAAGGGAUGAAGGGAGCAGCGUCUGGGGUCGUGGGGGACCUGGCCCGAGCCCGGAUAGCUCUGGAUGAGAGGGGGCAGAAACUUGGAGAGCUGGAGGAGAGGGCAGCAGCCAUGAUGGCCAGUGCUGACUCUUUCUCAAAGCACGCACACGGAAUGAUGCUGAAGUGCAAAGAUAAGAAGUGGUACCAGUUCUGAUAAAAAAAAAAAAAAAAAAAAAAAUGGACUCUGCGGUAAUGAAAACAGCUUCGUCUGGAAGAAACAUGCCCUUUCUCUUUCCAUUUAUUUCUGCAGGAAAACGGGGAUGGAUUCAUCAUAGAGUACUGCUCUUUCCUAGCACAAUAUCAUACAGUUUUACCUCAGUCAUGUGGCUUUAAACUGAGGAACAUACUGAAAACAAAAACUAUUUAAAAGAAGGAAAAAAAAAAAAACCUUGAAGAUUUUUUUUUGUUGUUGUUGUUUUGUUUUUUGUGCCGGUGGCGACUGAAGAUUGGUGUACUACAAGGCACUGGAGCAGGAAACAAGGACUGAUGUGGGUGGGGACGGGGAGAGCAGUGCUGAGUUUUUUGCUGUGUUUCAGAUUCAAAUGCCAAGGGUUUUGUGCUGUUUUCUCUGCUGCCAGUGUUUCAUCCUCCCUGGG